CACUCACUGGGUGAGAGAGGGGGGGAUCCUGGCAGGAAACAGGCAAUUUCAUAAGGUACGCGCUCUGUGGGAGGCAAGAAGAAGAGGAGUGACGGAGAAAGCGCCUGUUAACCAGAGUGGUUUGGGGGUCUUCUAUUGUUUGGCUCUCCUGCAUAGUCGCAGUAGCAGACGAGAAAAAGCCGCUUGUCUUUUUAAAGGCGCAGGAGGUUGGUGUCGGGGGAGAGAGUGGAUGGAAGAGGGGGGAGGAGGCAGGGAGAGCAGCAACACAGCUCAGCGAUAUCAGAAGGCAAACAGAGAAGAGGCACCUCAGACACACAUGCAAGACAGAAAGAAAGAAGGAUUAUUAUUGUUAUCAUUAUUAAAUUCUUUUUGUUUUGGAUUAUUCCCUCUUUUGCAUUUUGCUCUUGGAGAUUUUAUCCCUUCUGGUGCAGCAUCACUGAAUCACCAGAUGAGAAGCAGGAAUAUUCCCAGUCUGUAGAGGGGCAGAGGAUCGGGGAUGCCUAAAGUGAGGAGCCCUUAAUCAUCCGCUGCUUUGCUCCUGAUGCGAGCAGAACUCGCUCAUCCUCUGCACUGCAGCACAGCCAGCUCAGCCGCUGCUCGCCUCCUCUAACGCAGGCUGCCUGCCUUCACUCUGCGAGGAUCACAGCCAUAAAGAGAAGGAGUUUUGGGGGUAGCAGGUGGAUGUGGAGGGUGGCUGGAGAUCAGGAGCAGGCAGGGGGGGCAGGGGAGGCAGAGCUAGCUGAGGAUGGGAGCCAACGAGUCCAUGGAGCAAGGACAGAGCCACUGUCCAUCUCAAGAACACAUGAGCUCAGACUCUGAUGGAGCUUUUGAAACCCCAGAAUCUACAACUCCAGUAAAAGCUGCUUCUCCCACUGAGCCUCAGAAAGAACAACUAUCAUCUGAUGACAAAGUCACAGACACCUCAGUCAGUGAUCCUGCCUCUGACUUGCCGACUGCUGGUCCACCAUCUCGGUCUCCAUCCAUUGCUUUUGAUGAGAACAAGCCCAUUGCUGCCAGUGGUACCUACAACAUCGACUAUUUUGCUACAGAGCCAACGAGUCACGCACUGACCCGCUCCCUCAGCCUCCAGGGAGGUGAACUAGAUAGUUCUAGUCUGUUGGAUGGAUCAGUGUCGGGAGGAUUCCGUCCACAUUCUGAAUCCUUCAGCAUCGGCACUGAGAGUGCCCCAGGAACACUCCAUAGGCCCAAGAAAGUCCGUCCUGGGUCUGUAAAGAAGAAACCUCUCCUUAGACAGAACUCCAACCCAGAGAGCCCAAGACCUGCCUCAUCCAACAGCACCCCAGAAAUCAAGAAGCGGGCGAAGCCUCGUACUGCCAGCCCUCUCCAAGCCCAAGAGGAAACUGAAGGUGGCUCUGCCACCCCAAGCCCUGGAGGAACUCUCCGAAGAACCAGAAAGAACCGUGUGGAGACUCCUCCACCUCUGGCAGAGGAAACCAGUAGCAUCAGUCAAGCCAGCCAAGAGAAGAGUAUUGUCGUCCCUGCCUUAUCUUUGUGCCAGGAGGAGAUCCCUCCCCCUGGUAAUCUAACGGGCAACGACGAAUCUCCUAUUCCUCCUAGUGCCUCAUACAAAUGGGAUCCAGAGAAUUUUGAUAAUAUUAACCCUUUUAAGACAGGAGGUAGUAAGAUUGCCAACUCCCCUGUCCUGGGUCGCAAAGAUCCUGUCUGUGUCCCCAUUGCAGCCCCUCCAGAUAGUCCUCCUCUCCCUGCUGUGGAACCGCGUUGCUCCAGUCCCCCGGCUCCACGUAAAGAGCCAAUCACCAACCCAGAGGAGCAACCUAUUCUACCCAAACGUCAGCCAGUAAGACUGGAGUUUGAUUACUCAGAGGAGAGCUGUGAGGCACCACAUCAAGCCUCUCCUCCACUUAAGAAAGUGGGUAAGAAGCCAGGUGCCAAGAUGCCUCUGAGGAAACCAAAGCUGGGCCUGAAAAAGGCACCUCCAGCACAGACAGAGCAGCUGGACAACAACCCUCCGGCAACCCAUAACGGCAAUGAGAAUGAAAUUCCUACACCUAAAGUAUCUUACAACUUUGAACCUGAUAAGUGGGAGGAUCCAAACUUCAAUCCGUUUACUUCAAAGAAAGGCAUCGCCAACUCCCCCAAACUGUCCAGGCCGUCUUAUGACUUUGACCCCAACAACUUUGAUGACUCCAUAGACCCUUUCAAAUCCUCCAACAAGAUGGCCAACUCCCCUCCUAAGGCAUCAGCCUCCUUUGAGGUCUCAUCCAAUGACUAUAAUGAUAAUGAGAAUGACAAUGACAACAUUGGCGAACUGGAGGACCAAAACCAGAACAAACCUACCAAGAAGAAGAAAACUCCCAUCAAAUCGAAGUCCAGGGGUGUGUCCUCUCUAUGUUGUCUGUUUAAUACUUUCAGAGUGAAGAGGUCACCAAAGAAAUCACCAAUGUCUGACCCAUCACAGGAUCCGACGCCUACAGAGGAACCUUCCUCCCAUCAUACACAGGAUGACCAUGCCACGGACGAGGAGAAGCUGGCCUCCUCCACGAGUCACAAGUGGGCCGCCCUGCACGAUAUGGAUGCAGAUUUAAACUCUGACCAGCAAGAAUUCCCUCAGCCAUGCGACCUUACGUCCUUUGUUAAUGAGAACAGUCUUCCUCAGGAGGCUCCAGUGCAAGACUAUGAAAUUGAGUACAUGGAGAAGAUUGGCUCCUCUUCCCCACCACUGUCCGUGAAGAAGCCAUCUUUGUACUUGAAGUUGGACUCAGUAUCUGACAACUUAACCAAAAAUUCAUGUGCACAUGGAUCUGAGCCCAGCUCCCCCUGCACAGGGAGCUUUGAGGAGAUGGAGGCCCAGAUAACAGCUGGUAUGAAGACGCCGGUGUUGAGUCCACGUCCUGGUCCCGAGGGCUCCGCUGGGGAUAAGGGCAGGAAGAGAGAAAGCGAAGCCCUCAGCCGAACGCAGAGCACAGAAAGGGAUGAGCAGCCCCAUAGCCAGGGCCCGGUGGAGGCCCCUGCUCCAGCCCUGGCCAUGCCCCUCUUAGACAGGCUGUCUGAGUGUGACGACCCCCUGCAGUACCUGGAGCCCGACCUGGCCGAGACCAACCCCACUGCAUUCGCCCAAAAACUCCAGGAGGAGCUGGUGCUUGCUGCCCUGAGGAUAGAGGCUCUGCAGGUAGCCAAAAACAUCUCUCAGUGCCCCUCCCUCUCCACUGUAACCCCCCAGCACAGAGAUGCGGCGUCUUCAGUAGAGAGCGCGGUGUCCAAGAAUUCACUGUACGCCCGGAACACCACCAACACCAACUACAUCGAAGGGGAGAGUCCCCACCUGCCCAGAGAACUGGACCACUCUUUGGGAAUUGCGCGAGAGGAGAUUGUGUCAAAGGAGAAGGAGGUGCUGGAGUGGCAGAAGAAGUAUGAAGACAGUCGGCAGGAAGUGGUGGAGAUGAGGAGAAUUGUUGCCGAGUAUGAGAAGACGAUUGCCCAGAUGAUAGAGGAUGACCAGAAAGAGAAAUCUCUCUCCCACCACACCAUCCAGCAGCUGAUCAUGGAGAAGGACCAGGCCCUGGCUGACCUCAACUCCGUGGAGAAGUCUCUGGCCGACCUCUUCCGUCGUUAUGAGAAGAUGAAAGACGUGCUGGAGGGCUUCCGCAAGAACGAAGACGUAUUGAAGAAGUGCGCUCAGGAGUAUCUGUCCAGAGUGCGCAAGGAGGAGCAGCGAUAUCAAGCCCUGAAGAUUCAUGCAGAGGAGAAAUUAGACAAGGCCAAUUCGGAGAUAGCUCAGGUGCGGGCCAAGGCCAAGCAGGAGCAAGCUGCCUACCAGGCCAGUUUGAGGAAGGAGCAGAUGAAGGUGGACUCUCUGGAGCGCACUUUGGAGCAAAAGAACAAAGAGAUCGAGGAGCUGACAAAGAUCUGUGAUGAGCUCAUCGCCAAGAUGGGGAAGAGUUAGCAGCCACACCACAUCCUUGCCAAAUAUCACAGAUAAAAAGAGUGUUUCUUCAAAUGAAUCACUCGUCCAAGAACUGACUGACUUCUAAGGCCAAAGUGGUCUUGGGGUUUUUCUUUCCUACUGACUUUGUGUAUACAGGAUCCACAGGAAUGGCUUCCUCUUAUUAAUCUGUACAUUUUUGAUGUGUCAGUGUAUCGUGCUGUAUCGGGGGUCUGGUUUAAAGUUUUAGAAAAUUUAUCAUAUCAUUAAUGAGUGUGUGUGCGCGCGUGUGUGAGAAUGUGCGUAUGAUAAUGAGAAAGUGCAAGCAUUGUUCGUGGGUUAAAUUAUCUAUUAUGAUGUUGCCAUGACAGCCACUGAGGGAGAAGACUGUUUACCCACUCCUGUUAUUGUCUCCUGUUAAUACCAGAGAAAGAUAGACCAGAUGCUUAGAUUUAUUCAUAAAAUGUCGAUGCACUAAGAGAACACAAACUAUCACAAUAGCUCCUUGCAUGUGAGAGAGAAAGAAAAACUUUUAAUGUUAACCUUUGUAUAUACCGUAGGAAAUUCCAAGUAUGAAAAAGACUCAUCUGCAUUUUUGAUAGUUACUCUGUCACCCUCCGCCCGCUGCCCUCACGUAACCUUGUAGAUAUUUGUCAUACUUGUCAUAGCUUUUUUGGAUGAAAUCGUGGAACUUUAUUUUUUGGAUUUUAUUUUGAUAUAAAGCAAACUAAUUGUGACUGUAUUCAGUUGUGACCAGGAGUAAUUUAAUUUUGGAUGGAUAUGUCCUAGUCCUGCAAUGGUCUUUGUCACACUGAGGGAUAACUUCUCUGCACAGCUACUGUACAGCAUCUGCUUACAAAGUGCAAUAAAAGAUGGCAAUACA